GUGCCUCGGCCGGGGCCCGCAGGCUGCCGGCCCGGCGCGGUGCCUCCUGCCCGGGCUGAUGGGAGUUGUGGUCCGAGGCGGCGGGAGCGGAGCGGAGCGGAGCGGCGGGGAGCGGAGCGGCGGCCCCGCGGGAAGCGGUGCGGUGCGGGCUGCAGAGCCUCCCUCCAGCGCUGCCUCUCAGGAUGAUGGUGCCAGGAGCACUGGUGGGGACCCUGCCUGCACAUCACUGCUGACCCCCUGGGCCUGCCCUGGCACUGCUGCUGCUGCUGCUGCCCAUGCCGGGCUCCCACUGCCCCAUGGCAGCCCCGGCGCCGCUGCACGGUGUGGGUGCCCCUGAGGCCCUCGAGCUCUGAGCGCCGCGUGCCGCUGCACCACCAUGUCCAUGGAGUGGCUGCUGGACUGGAGCUGGUCCCUGGACGGGCUCCGGGAUUUCAUCGCCAGCGGCAUCCAGUCCUUCCGGGACUGCGACGCCUCGGCCCUGGCCGCGGUCGCCUGCCUGCUGGUGCUCUUCCUGUGGUACUGCUACCACGUGGGGCGGGAGCAGCCCCGCGCCUACCCCACCGUCAACGCCCUGAUGCAGAGCGCCGAGGCCAACGGCGUGCAGAACGGGUUCGUGUUCUGCCACGCGCCCGAGUGCGCGCGCUGCACGCACCACGACGGCCUCAACCAGAAACUCUACCACAACCUGCAGGAGUACGCCAAGCGCUACUCCUGGUCCGGCAUGGGCAGGAUCCACAAGGGCAUCCGCGAGCAGGGCCGCUACCUCAACAGCCGGCCCUCCAUCCAGAAGCCUGAGGUCUUCUUCCUGCCGGACUUGCCCACCAUGCCCUACUUCUCCCGGGACGCUCAAAAGCACGACGUGGAGUUGUUGGAGCGCAACUUCCAGACCAUCCUGUGCGAGUUUGAGACCCUCUACAAAGCUUUCUCAAACUGCAGCCUCCCGCAAGGAUGGAAAAUGAACAGCACGGCCAGCGGGGAGUGGUUCACCUUCUAUCUGGUGAACCAGGGCAUGUGCGUGCCCAGGAACUGCAGGAGAUGCCCACGGACGUACCGCUUGCUCGGCAGCCUUCGCACCUGCAUUGGCAACAACGUCUUUGGGAACGCGUGCAUCUCCGUGCUGAGCCCGGGCACCGUCAUCGCCGAGCACUACGGACCCACCAACAUCCGCAUCCGCUGCCACCUCGGUCUGAAGACACCCAGUAACUGCGAGCUGGUGGUGGGGGGCGAGCCCCAGUGCUGGGCCGAGGGCCGCUGCCUGCUCUUCGAUGACUCCUUCCUGCACACGGCGUUCCAUGAGGGUCCCCCCGAGGAGGGUCCCCGCGUGAUCUUCAUGGUGGACCUGUGGCACCCCAACGUGGCCGCCGCUGAGCGCCAAGCCCUCGACUUCAUCUUCGCGCCGGGACGAUGACGGCGCUGGCCAGGGCAGUGGGUUCAAGGGCGGCCGGGCCAGCUCGGCGCCGGCACCAGAUGGGAGCUGCCUCCCGGCGCACGGCCUCGGGUCCGGGCUCUUGUAAAUGGAAACUGCGACGUGUCCCCGCGCCCAUCCCUCCCCUCCAUCGUCGGCUUCAGGGAUUCUU